AUGGAAAAGGGACUUCAAUUAACUCAAGGUACGUCGGAACCUACUGAAGCACCGUAUCGCGAAUUACUGGGCAGUUUGAUGUACGUGAUGAUGGCCACUCGUCCGGACAUAUGCUUUUCGGUGGGAUAUCUUGGACGUUACCAACAGCACCCGGAUUCUUCGCACUGGACGGCAUUGAAACGGGUGGUACGAUACCUAAAGGGCACCAUGCAGACAUCUUUGAGGUUCAUUCGUGACGAGAAAACGGAUCCAUUAGUUGGCUUUGCUGAUGCCGACUGGGCGACGGACCAGCAGGACAGGAAAUCGGUGAGUGGUUAUGUAUUUCAAGUUUUUGGGAACGUCAUCUCCUGGUCAAGCAAAAAGCAACAAACGGUAGCCACGUCAUCUAGUGAAGCGGAGUACGUGGCGCUCGGUGCUGGUGUAACAGAGGCGGUAUGGUUGGCUGGACUACUGGACGAUCUUGGAAUUCCAACCGCAUUACCGGUGACCAUCUAUGAGGACAAUCGUGGGUGCAUAGGAAUGGCCAGGAACUUGGAGAGCAAGCGUGCAAAACACAUAGAUAUAAAACAUCAUUUCAUCCGGGACCACGUAGCAGCUGGAAACAUCAACCUGGAACCAAUCGGGACCGAGAAUCAACUCGCAGACAUUUUCACGAAGUCACUGGAUGUUGGGCGUUUUCAAAGACUGCGUCAAAUCUUAGGACUCCAGGAUCGAGAGGGGGUGAAGAAAUAG